GUACUACAUACUUAUCAGCGUUCGCCUCAGCAGGUCGAUGACGCUGAACAUAUAUCACGCGUUGCAGUGACAUUUUUUUUCGCAAACUCUUGGAGAUUAGGGCGGGCUCAGAGUCAGCGUGGAAUCCACUAGGAGGAUGACAUCGCGUACCGAUCUUUUAUCCCUGGACGACGACGUCCUCUGGAUCAUCGUCUCAUGGCUUCCACAUCAUGCCGCCGCACAGCUGGCGUUGACGUCCCGUGCCGUAGGCACAGCUGCCAGACGGCGCGUUCUUUCUUCACUACAGAUUGCAGCGCCAUUCGCAAGCAUCGAGUUUCACAAGUUUAUGCUCGAGGAGGACGAUGGGUACCGCCUGCAAUGUCUACGGAGGCUCACCAUUAAUCUUUCGAGUCUCCCCCCGCACGAGCUGCCCGACGGCUACACACCACUUGCCGACGUCCUUAAACGGGCGCGAAACCUGCAAGCACUCGUAGUUCCGUCUCUUGAGCAACAUCUGGCCACCCGGAAUGGCCAUGUACUAGGCGAUGCAAUCGCGGCUCUCCAUGACCUGCGCGAACUCGACCUUCGGAGUGUCGGUGGGAAAGGCCUAGACCUCUGCAAGAGGCUGGCCUCCAAGCCCGAUGUAUUGCGCUUCCAAGCACUAUCGACGGAUACCGAGCCGCACACGCUGAUAGAUCGCACCAUGCUUUCAGAGCUGAACGUCCUGCAGAGGGCGUCGACCAUCAUCCUUCACGAAUUCACAUUCGUGCAAUCUGAUCACGAUCGAUAUCAGCCGCUAUCGCCGUCACCGCUUCCGAAGUCUGCUUCCUUAUGGCCCAACGCAAAGACCCUACGUCUUAAAAACAUGGACCCUAUGCCCGUCGUGGCGCUCUGUCCGAAUCUAGCAUCACUGUACAUUUCGGCCGUAAACGAUGGUGGACCCUUCUACCCCGACGAUGUACACAACCCGUACAGCACCAUCGACACCCUGGUACCUGAAGUCACGACACGCCUGCGUGUCUUCGACGUAUCCGUCAACAACGACCGGUCUGAUUUGAGCGAGACGAUCGACACCAUAUUCCGUGCAUCAUAUCCGCGCGUGCUCUCAAUUCCAUACUUCUGGGAGUCGCUCGCAAGCGUCGCGAAGCAUCCUGGCUCGAGACUACGCUAUCUGGAUGUGCUGUUUCACGACCACACCGAUCUCGCGCAGGAUUGGCUGGAUGAGUACCUCCCGAUGUUCUCCAACUGCGGCAUUCUCUGCAUACGCAUCAGGCUCGUCGAGUUCAUCGACGACACCAUUACCGAGCAAGAAUGGCAAUCUCGCGAAGACGACGACUGGGACGACUGGAUGGUGGGCAGCGAAUGGAAAGAGCUGCGGGACGCCAUUCCCAACCUCGUAUUGAAGGCGGUACCGUCCCUCCGCUACGUUUCCGUGUCGCCCGGUUACAUGGUACAGGACUGGAAUGGCCUUGAUGAGCCGGCUUUUGUUGGGCAGACGCGGUGGUGGCGCGCUACGAGCGGCAACUCGGAGGCAGGCUUAGAGGAUGGACAAGCUACAGCCGAACUGGUGGAAAUCGAUGCAGGAGAGGGUCAGAGGAUCGACGAAUACAUGCGCAGCGAGGCGUUUCAAGAAGGGAGCCUGUAGGUGAUGCAUUCGUUGCCGACCUUCCACGAUAAUGUCACGAACUUGCGAGUUGGGAAAAUCGUGGCGAAACCGUACCUGUAGUCUCAUGGCUGUGAACGACACUAGCAAAGCUUGGGUAUGCCCAAUGAUGGAAUGAGCAACUCAGGUUCCCUCGUCAGCCCUCUGAGACGAUUGUCGUUGCCGGCACGCCUUGGGAUGCGAUCAAGCUCAAUGAUGGAACAGAGAUUGCGAGCAUCGCGUUAGGAACGUGGAAACUCGGAAAUGGUCAGACUACAAUCGACAGGGUGAACCAAGCUCUCGAAGUCGGCUUCACG